AUGACCGAAGAAUCACUUCCAUCCACCAUGCGCAUCUGGAAGUACGCCUCAGCCAAAGGUGGAAUCGAGAAGCAUCUCAGUCUGCACACUUCGCAUUCCUUGCCCACGCCAAAACUGGACAAACAUCUCGUCCAGGUCCUCGCUGUUGGUCUGAACCCAGUCGACUACAAACCCGCCGAAGCUUUCAUAGGCACGCUGGCGGUCAAGAAGCCUGCAACUCCUGGCUUCGACUUUGCCGGCCGUAUCAUCACCGCAGCGAGUGGCUCGACCCUCAAACCAGGCCAGCUCGUCUUCGGCGCUGCCAGUACCAACGCAGUGGCUGCAGGCGGCCUAGCCGAGUACAUCGCCGCACCCGACAAGAUCAUCGCCGCAAUCCCAUCCGGCCUUUCACCACUCACAGCCGCUGGCGUCCCUGUCGCGGCCGUCACAGCCUACGGCUCCCUCGUCUCCCAUGUCAAGACUGGCUCGCGCGUCUUCCUAAACGGCGGCAGCGGCGGCGUCGGCACCUACGGGAUUCAAAUCGCCAAAGUCCUGGGAGCGCACGUCACGGUCUCAUGCUCCGGCCGCAACGCUGAUCUCUGCCGCUCGCUCGGCGCGGAUGAAGUGCUUGACUACACCGCUCGUCCACUACUGGAGCAGCUUCAGCAGGCCGCUAAGACCAGUGGACCCUUCGAUCAUGUCGUCGACAACGUCUUCAGCGACCCUGCGCUGUACUAUCAAGCACACACCUACACGACUCCGACUACCCAUUUCAUGGAAGUCGCCAGCGCGCCCUCAUUAGCGUUCCUGCGCUUUGCGUUUGGCGCUCAGAUGUUGCCUGGUUUCCUCGGUGGUGGGCGGCGGAAAUUCGUCGUGUUUCUCUCGGACGUCAACCGCGAGAACAUUGAGAAGAUUGGAAGCUGGAUUGCUGAGGGCAAGGUGAAGCCUGUUACUGAUCAGGUUUUUCCGAUGACCGAAGCGGUGGAGGCAUUCAAGCGGCUCAAGACUGGUAGGGUGGUUGGGAAGGUGAUUAUUGAUGUGGCUGAGGAGGGCAAAUGA